AUGGAUCUGCUCAACUUGUUCACCUCGACCUUGAAGGAGACCCCCCCGCAUACGUUAUUUGCAGCCUUUGCAGCAUUGGUCAUUGUUGCAUUCUACAGCCUCUACGCCGUACUCCAUCUCGUCGCACCCAAACCCCGAGCCGUCCUCCCUUCCGAGAAGACUUAUAUCACCACAACACCCACCGGCACCGAAAGACGGCAGCUUCCAUGCUGGCACGACCGAUGGCUAGCCGACCGACACGCAAGCGAGGCCAAGGCCAAAAAUGACGAUCCCACCCUACCCGACAUCGCCGACACCGGAUCCAUCGAGCCCGCCCAAGUCCGCAUGAGCGUCGUCUUCCCCGCCUACAACGAAGAAGACCGCAUCCUGCCGACCUUGGAAGAAGCAGUCGAAUACCUCGACGCCACAUUCGGCCGGGACCCUCGCCCCAACAAGUCCAACAACAACACUCUCCCCAAACGAGCCCCCGCCCCGACUACUCACAAACACGUUAAGAACGCGCCGCGCGAGGAUCUAGCCGGAUACGAGAUCAUCGUCGUCGACGACGGCAGCAAGGACCGCACGGCCCAAGUAGCGCUCGACUUCGCGCGCAAGCACGCGCUGCACGACAUCCUGCGCGUGGUGACGCUCGAGCGCAACCGCGGCAAGGGCGGCGGCGUGACGCACGGGCUGCGACACGUACGAGGCGAGUACGCGCUCUUCGCGGACGCGGACGGGGCGUCCAAGUUCAGCGACCUGGGCAAGCUGGUCGAGGGGUGCGAGGAGGUUGUCGACGGCAGCCACCGGGGCGUCGCGAUCGGAAGCCGCGGCCACUUGGUCGGCAGCGAGGCCGUCGUCAAGAGAUCCGCGCUGCGCAAUUUCCUCAUGCGCUCGUUCCACCUCGUGCUGACUAUCCUAACGCCGCCCGCCACCUCGCGCAUCCGGGAUACCCAGUGCGGCUUCAAGCUGUUCUCGCGCGCCGCCCUGCCCCAUAUCGUGCCGUACAUGCACGCCGAGGGCUGGAUCUUCGACAUCGAGAUGCUCAUGCUAGCCGAGUCGGCGCCUGCCGUCCCGGUGCUCGGCAGCGACGGCGCUGUUAUUGGCAGCAGCCCCGGCAUCAAGGUCGCCGAGGUCCCGAUCGACUGGCACGAGGUCGGCGGGAGCAAGCUUAACGUUAUACAAGAUAGCGUUAAGAUGGCUAUUGGCCUCGCCGUGCUAAGGGCCAGCUGGAUGAUGGGCGUGUACCGGCGACGGCUGACGUAG